ACAGUCCGACAACAAACGGCAUCCUUGAACUAAGAGUUAAAGAACAAUAUCUUUUUACAGACGUGGUUGAAAGUACGCAUUUGACAGGUUCAAACACUAUUUAAUGAUUACAUAAAAUUAGGGAUGCUAUAGAGAUGCACCUCGCAUUUAGAUUGACGACGUAGCUAAGUUAAAAGGUCGUAGCUGGCAUGCCGGAUCUGUCAGUGUCACGUUAUUCUAACUACGUGUUUUUUUGAGAAUGUGGAGGGCAGUUCGUGUCCCAAGGUUGGCAGGAAGAGGAGCAGCCAGACUCUGUUCCAGCAACCCACCAAAACCUUCAUCCACGCUGCCCCCUCUGUCUCACUCCUCUACACGGCCCCAAGCUGAGAAACAGAGGCGUCGGCGAGAGCGGGAGGAGGCCAUACUGUCAACUCAACGCAGUCCUGUUGAAGAUAAAGCUUUGAACUGGAGUGACAAGGAGAAGAUAGUGUACACUGCUCAGACACCUCCAGGGACAAAGAAAGACACCAGCUUGCCCUUCCCAUCUUCAUACAGUCCAGAGUAUGUGGAGCAUAGCUGGUAUGAGUGGUGGGAGAAAGAGGGAUUCUUCAGUCCAGAGCAACACGAGAGGUUAUCUCACAGUGUGGAUCAGACCUUCUCUCUGUGUAUUCCUCCACCAAAUGUGACUGGUACUCUGCACCUGGGCCAUGCUCUGACUGUAGCUGUGGAAGAUGCUCUGGCUCGAUGGAGGAGGAUGCAGGGCUACAGAGUGCUGUGGGUCCCUGGAUGUGACCAUGCAGGUAUUGCUACACAGACAGUGGUAGAGAGGAGACUGCUGAGGGAAGAAGGGAAGCGCAGACAGGACUUCACCAGGCAUGAGUUUCUGCAGGAGGUGUGGAAAUGGAAGAAUGAGAAAGGAGAAGAGAUUUACCACCAGCUGAGGAGGCUGGGAGCAUCUCUGGACUGGAGCAGAGCGUGUUUCACAAUGGAUCCAGAUUUCAGUCGCUCUGUGACUGAGGCCUUUGUCAGGCUGUGUGACUCUGGUCUGAUUUAUCGCUCGGAGGCUUUGGUCAACUGGAGUUGUGCUCUGGAAUCUGCCAUCUCUGACAUAGAGGUUGACUCAAAGGAGCUGUCUGGACAGACCAUGCUGUCUGUUCCUGGUUAUGAAAACAAAGUGGAGUUUGGGACAAUGCUGACCUUUGCAUAUCCUAUAGAAGGCCACGAUGGAGAGGUGGCAGUGUCCACCACCCGCCCUGAGACUAUGCUGGGAGAUGUGGCUAUAGCUGUUCACCCUGAUGAUCCUCGAUAUCAGGCUGUUCAUGGAAAGCAGUGCAGACACCCCUUCACCGACAGACUCCUGCCCAUCAUCACCGAUUCAAUGGUGGACAUGGAGCUAGGAACUGGUGCAGUGAAGGUGACUCCUGCUCAUGACCACACUGAUUUCCUGCUGUCACAGAGACACUCACUGCCACGUCUCACUGUGAUUGGAGGAGAUGGGACCAUGACACACCUGUGUGGACAGUGGCUGGAGGGAGUGAAGCGUUUUGAUGCCAGACAGCUCAUUGUGGAUGCCCUAGUUGAGAAGAAGCUGUUCAGAGGAAAGAAGAAUCACGGCAUGACUUUACCCAUCUGCAGUCGCUCAGGAGAUAUCAUUGAGCCUCUUCUAAAGAAGCAGUGGUUCAUCCGCUGUGAUGAAAUGGCUAACAAAGCUAUACAGGCUGUGGAGGACGGGCAGCUGGAAAUCAUCCCUCAGAUCUACACCAAGAUAUGGAAAAACUGGCUGUCCAACAUCAGUGAUUGGUGCAUUUCCAGGCAGCUUUGGUGGGGUCAUCAGAUCCCUGCUUACCAAGUCGAGCUUCCUAAUUCUACUGACAAACAAGAGGAGCAGUGGGUCUGGGGACGGAGUGAGGACGAAGCCCGACAGAGAGCUGCAGUCAAAUACGGAGUGAAGCUGGAAGACAUCAUUCUGACUCAGGACCCUGAUGUCCUGGAUACAUGGUUCUCCUCGGGGCUGUUUCCCUUCGUCAUGCUUGGCUGGCCUGAGCAGACCACUGACCUCCACCGCUUCUACCCCAAUUCCAUUCUGGAGACAGGCAGUGACCUCAUCUUCUUCUGGGUUGCAAGGAUGGUGAUGUUAGGCAAAGAGCUGACUGGACAGCUGCCUUUUAAACAGGUUCUACUUCACUCUCUGGUGAGAGAUAAAUAUGGCAGGAAAAUGAGUAAAUCUCUGGGAAACGUCAUCGACCCAUUAGAUUUUAUACAUGGAGUUUCUCUGGAGAGACUUCAAGAGAAAGUGAAGGAGGGGAACCUUGACCCCAGGGAACAACUGGUUGCAAUGGAAGCACAGAGGAAAGACUUCCCCAAGGGGAUACCUCAGUGUGGGACCGAUGCUCUGAGAUUCGCCCUUUGCUCUCACAAGAUGCAGGGAGAAGACAUCAGUCUGUCCACCUCUCAAGUCCUGAGCUGCAGACACUUCUGUAAUAAAAUGUGGCAGACACUGAGAUUUACACUGGGAGUGCUGGGUGGCAACACAACACCAGUGAGAACGCUGGAAGAGACGACCCCUCUCAGCAGCAUGGACCGGUGGAUCUGCUCCAGACUCUACAGCACCGUAGUGCAGUGUGAGCAGGCCUUUGAAGCCUACGAGCUGCAUACUGUCACAUCUGCCCUGUACUCCUUCUGGGUCCACAGCCUGUGUGAUGUCUACAUGGAGUAUCUGAAGCCUUUGCUGGUCCAGCAGGAUGAGGGGGCAGUCCAGACUGACACGGAACACAGCGGCAGAUCGCGGGAAUUGGCCAGCAGUGUACUCUAUCACUGUGUGUCUAUGUCUCUGGCCCUGCUCUCCCCCUUCAUGCCCUUCAUCACUGAGGAGCUGUGGCAGAGACUCCAGCCGUUCAGACAUGGAGCUGCUGCCCAGACCAGCUUGUGUUUACAGCUGUACCCCUGCUCCUCUCAACUGGCACACUGGCAUUUCCCUGAAGUGGAAAGAGAUUUUUUGUUAGUCCGGGAAGUGAUCCGAGUGGCCCGCUCACUACGAGCUCAGUGUGGCAUGACCAAAGAGAAACCUGCCAUGUGGGCGGUGUGCUCACCCAGCCAGGCCCAAGUCCUCCUUCUCUUUGAGUCAGCUGUUUGGACUUUAAGCCGGAUCUCCAACCUCCAUAUCUACUGUCCUCAUAGAGCAGACAACCCCCUCUCUGUCCACUCUGCUCCUCCACCUAAAGGCAGCCUCAUUGGUGUGGUGGACCACACUUGUCAGUUACACCUUCAUGUUCAGAAUGGAAUGAACAUUAAGAAACAGAUCCUGCAGCUUUCCCAACGCAGAGACAAGCUUGUUCCAAAGCUGGAGGAAAUCCACUGCAGAGUCCAGUCUCCAGACUACCUAACCAAGGCUCCUGCCCAUGUCAGACAGCAGAUGGACAAUAAGAUGUCAGCCUUGCAGCAGGAACUGAGGACCAUUGAGGACCAGCUGAGGGUCCUGCAAGACACUCAAACAAGAGAAUAACUACAGCCAAUGGGUAUUACUGUAACUGUGUGGGCUGCUGGACAUCAGAGGUGAUGAACUCGAUAAAUUUAUAGUCCUGUGUGAGCUGGAGAUCUCAACACAGCUGGAAUGAAGAAGAUGUUGCAUAAUAUCAUCAUGAUCUUGUUUAUAUAAUGCAGUAUCUCACUGUCAGACUGUCAUACUGCAGUACUGUACUGUAUAAUUAACCACUCACCUGCAAAUGGAGAUGUGGCAGGCUGCAGGUAUCCAUGAAAAGGACACAAAUCUUUUUUGUUAAUGCACGUGUAGCCUUUCAGGUGAAACACAAGGGCUUCAAUAAAAGAUGCCGCAA